AUGCCCUUCGUGGAAGAACUUCCGGUAGUCGUGCCCGCCCUAGAUGACGAAGCUUCACCCAAUUUCAGCCUCCUUUCCGGUUGGGACUGUCGAUCAUCGGUGGCCGUGGUUUUGCCAGAAGUGCUCGGAAAUUUUGACAAAAUUCCCACCGUUGAGCAGAACUUUCCCGUGCAAACGUUAGACUACGAACUGAAACACAUAAAGGACACGACGACGAAGAGGAUGACGCUCUCGGUCGGACUUGGCCUCGAGAUGAAGACAUUUUUCGGUUUGGUGAUCAACGUGGGGAAAGCGCAGUAUAAGACGGAACACCAGACGGAGCUGGUGAAGGAACAUUUGCAAAUUUACUACUACCGGGAGGACAACGUUAAGAGGAUUUUGCUCACGGAGGAAGCAAGGCAGACAUAUAGCGAGAUUUGGGAUGAAGGUCAAAAUCGGUCCGCAAGUGCGACCCACGUCGUCACAGAGGUCACUUUGGGAGCCCAUUUUGUCGCCGACAUCACCAUCGAGACCUCCAAAUCUACCAAGCUCAACAACAGGACAGCAUCUGGCCUGGGUUCGUUGGUAAUUGGGCCAAUAAGUAGUGCCGUAGAGGCGGGGCUGUCGACCCUAUGUAAAUCGCCCCCGGACAAGGUGGACAUUCAAAUCAACGCGGAAUCGUCACAUUUUCCUGGGUCAAAGAAAUUCGAAAGUGUCGACGAGGUUUUUGCAUUUAUUAAAAAUGGAAUUGCUGAAGGCAAGCCGGUGAAAUAUUUCUGCGUCCCAAUUUCGCAAUUCUUCCACGAAGCAAGGUUGACCCUGGAGGUGCUAACGUACCGCAUAAUUGGGAACCACCUUCUCCAACCGCUCUUCCAAAUGAUAGAAACGCUAAACGAUUACAAAUCUGGGGAAUACAUUAGGAAAAGGAUUAUGCAUGCGGAUCCAAGAUUUAAGCUCAUUUUGGAAGACCCCUAUUCCCAGAGGGUUUCUUGGGGAAAGACAUCCAAUCCGCCGUAUCAGCUGGACGAUAUUCCCAGAGUUAUAGAAAUACUAUCGGCCGCAUUUGGCGUGAAUGUGGGUGGAGGAAAUUCCGCAUUUUUCUGGUAUAGCCGUCUCGCUUCCCAGAUGGCCAAACCGGUCGCACUUCCUCUCGCGAAAGAUAACAUUGUCGACGUGAAAUCCUUAAUCGAUCACGUGUGGAGCAAUUGGAAUUACGUGACCCUGUUUGAGAACUUUAUCGCGGUGAAAGACUUCCUUCAAGGGGAUGAAGUCCAGGGAAAGUACGUUUUCUGCUUCCCAACCAACGCCCCCCUGGGAACCCCGCAGGGGAAAGAAGUCAUAAAAAUGUUGAGGAUGCGUAAUAACCUCGGAGUAUCAAAUGUCUGGAUCGUGGCGGAUUUCGACUUUUUGCUCAGUGACGCUCCGUUCUUAAUCGUUUUCCUGGAUGGGAAAGCAAUCGGGCAGUGUUACGAUUAUUUAGACCUGCUCGAACUUGAAGCUGCAUUUGGACCAGAAGUUACGCAAAUAGAUUUGUCGAAUUGGGUAGAAUUCAGCAAUUUUCGUGGGAGACGAGCACCCUAUAUGAACGAGGUGGACAUAAUUUUUAAGGUCAAUCAGAAUGCAAAAGAGAGGAAAGAGUUACACAUUGAUGAAGAUAUAUUGACUCGGAUAGAAAAUGCGGUAUCACUUUGUUCCGCCUUUAUGCAACCGGAAGAUAGAAUUAUUUCCGUCUUGAGUGCCAUAUUUGGCAUGUUCAUCGUCCAGUAUCCCCCGAUCCUGGCCCCGCUGGAGGAUGCCGGUUGGUCCUUGGCGGAAUCCAGGUUUAUAAAUGAUCCACCCCUUACCAAAGAGUUAACGGACGGAUUAAUCCACACCUUCGAAACGCUCCUCCUGCACCUGUCGCCUAAUUUGAUACAGAUUUCCGCCCUGAUGAACACGGUCCAAAGUUGUGUCGAGGAUUUAGAGUCGGACGCUGACCUUCAUUUUACGUGCCAUAACAUAAUCGUAGACAUGAUAAGUGCUGGUUCGUUGGGUUACGUAAAUGAGAUCGAUCCCGAAAUUGGGAGAACUUUGAAAGCAAAACUCAAGCAUAAGGAUGACCAAACAGCGUUGGAGAGGUGGACCGAGAGUGUAAGAAUUAUCAGGGAGGAGCUCCUAUUCAAAGAAAAAGUUCGUGGGGAACAUGAAAUGGUUAGGAUUUUGCAAGAUGUUCUAACUCUGAUGGGGCAGUUAGUCUUUGAAGAAGAGUCGGAUGAAUAUGAAGAUGAAGACGAGAAAAGAGUUACUGAGGAGGAUGUCACCCUAGAAAUUGUGACUCGACACGUCCUCCUCCUCCCGUGGACGUCGGGGCAACGACAGGAAAUCGAGCAACACAUGAGGGACAAACUUAUCCCAAAGGUUUUCGAAAGAUUGUCUCAUCUCCAGUAUCGCGAAUGGUGGAAUGAAGCACACGAACUCUUCUAUGGAAUGGAAAGUAGCACGGAUUAUGGUACCUUGGGCGCCAUUCUAAACCAGCUGGACAUGAAGGCAUGGUCGGACGACCAGUAUGCCAGUGUUUGGCAGAACGAGGUGUUUGCAUCUUGGGUUUAUGAUGGCUUAGACAACCCCACUUUUCUAGAAGGUGCGAAAACUGUCCUUAUCCGGGACGACGGCUCAAUCCCAAAAUAUAUUCCGGUCCCGAUCGAGAAAAAAUUGAGGUCACUCUUGGACCCACCGGAGGAGGAGGGGGAAAAUGAGACGGCAAUACCGACCGAUCCACUCCACCCGAAGGAAUGGAGUACUAUAGAGGAUGCGCUGAGCGUGUUACAGAUCGCGGUCGCGCUUCCCAUUGAGUUUCCCUCUGUCGAAUUGAUGCAGCUGUUGAGGAGGAAUUUAAGAACGAAGGAAGAAAUAUAUGACGGUUUUAGGAAGGCGGGCACCUUAUUUUAUUGGGACACGGGGAACCAAUGGUUCAAAGAGCCUUGGGAUUUGAAACUGGCGAGGAAAGCGGUGCUACAAAUAAUGAAAUCUGUGCAGGAUGAAGAAGAUCUUUUAGUCAAACCAAUACCAAUUGGGCCCAUUGACCAAAAUUUGGAAUUGAUCGCCUUGGUCGAAUUCAUGACACUCCAAUCUGCCCACGUGGCGACGUGUCACCUUCAAAAGAGACGGAAUUUCAGUAACCUCCAAUGGAACGCUGUAUGGAAGGGUAACAAAGAGUACAAGAAAAUUAUGACAGCAUUUCUAUCCUUGACCGACAAAGAAGUUGAAACUACUUCUACCGCAAUUUAUGGACAUCUUGACGAAUUAUUACUUCAAUUGGUGGAAGAGGAAUGCAACCACCUAAUUCAACGCGUCAAGAUGUUGUGGAAGAAAAUGGUAACACUGGAUGAGAGUAAGGAUGAGAUGAGGAAACAAAUAAGAGAAAUUCGAAGCCUUAUUGGAAAACGUGCCCUCCUAGGCAAACAUUUCUAUAGGGAAAUAUUCAAAAUUCCGGAAAUUACAAGAGAAUUAGAAGGGGGCCCUCUCCAAAGUAGUCUUAACAAACUAGUAUCAGAAUUUGGGAACGGCUACAGUCUCGAAUUUGUCGACAGGUAUCGUCGUCACGUAAAUCACGUCCUCAUGGACAUCAUAAGUCAAUCGAAUAUAGGGGAUUUGAAAGUUUUUGUACUUGGCAUUGCUGGCGAUGGGGGUAAGAAUGCCCUAAAAAAUGGUCUACUUCCUCCAUCUGGUGCUCGACAUGAAAAUAGCUAUCCCUUAAGUGACCACGCAACCUUAACCUUGUGGAGACUCCCGCCACACGAAAUGAACAAUUCAUCUUGGUAUGACGCCUUCUUAAUUAUCGAGAUAGACGACAUGUUUCUAACCGAAGUUACUCCUGAACAUGAGCGAAUUAUGACGUCGGUCCUUCUCGACGUCGCCGACCUCACAGUUUUCUACUCGUAUAAGAUCAGAGACGAAAUAUUAAUCGAAAUGGAGUCAGCCCUUUGCCACUCUUGGUCUACUUCCGGUCAGGAUAAAGCAAUGACCGAUGUAAUACUUGCUUCUUCACAUGGUGACCUUGACCUGGUAAAAACUUCACAGCGGUUCACCACGUUUGAGAAAGCCGUGCAAGAUAACAGAUUUCUCCUCGGGAGGCGGAAGGACGGUUCGAUAGCUAAAAUCUUAACAAGAUUUGAAGAAAAUAGAGCAAUAUUUCCUGUCGCAGAAACCAUUUCGGAAACAUUUGACCCCCAAGAUGUCCAAAUCCUUUACGAAGAAGUUAUCAAGACAAGUAAAGAAAUUGCAGCAUCGAACUGUAACAAGUUGCAAACUUUGACCUCAGCCCUGACAAAAUUACAGACAUGUUGGACAUCUUUAAUAUACCCACCAACGCCCCUGAUUUCCCAUGCCGACGUGUCUUCCUACUUGUUAUACGCGUCCGAAACGUUGAUAGAUUUUGACAGGGUGAGAACUUCCUUGGAAAUCGCGUCCAUCCAACAUGCUCUUGACUGUCGGAAAUAUCUGGCAGAAAGACAUCCUACAGUUCGUAGUAAUUACAGCGACACGUUAGAAACCAUCAAAGGGCACAUCCUCGCGGCGGGAAAUUUGAACGCUUGCAAGCCUAUUGCUCACAAGGAAGGGAGUCCGUGCAGUUUCUGUUUAUCUGCAGCCAGAGAGUGGACCACAUUCUCCGCGAAGCAUGACAAAUUUUCGAAGGAUAAUUACACAAAAUACGUCGCCAUGUUGACCAAGGUGCAAUUCUCUCGGUUGUACAGAUUACUCAAAUCCGUCGAGAUUAAGCAACUACGCGGUAUUACGGAGGAAUUUGAAAUGGUGUAUAAAAAGUUACUCCCGCAGUGGGAUAGAUCCUUGGAUACGUUAAAAUUCGCGGAAAUGGUGGUCCAAGAGUUUAAGGGGGUCAUGGGAGACGGGGACGCGGUCGUUUCACCAAUCCGACUUGUGGAAUUUGACGUAACUCAGGCAUAUCCGCAGUCGCCCCAAUUAUUGGAGCAGUUUAUGAAGUAUGGAAACGAUCCGAGUAAUAAGUUUCCUGACCUGUGUGCCUUGAAAAAUGGGGUGGAAAUCAAGGCAAAACUUCAAAACGUUGCAGAAACGAUAAGAUCAGAAACGAGUUAUGAGUAUGGUGCGGAAUACAACUACUUUUAUGAGAUCGGAUUCGCGAGAAAAUGCAGGGAUAAAGUGGAAACAAUAUUUUUCGAGUAUGAGACAAGAUUUUUGGAACUGAUAAGCGACGAGAUGCGAUGGAGUGGCCAUUUGUACUGCUUGAAAACAGUGUUAAGUAAAAUGAACGGGUUGAUUAGGUCGGAAAGUUUGGUGGAAUGUGUGACACGAGUUGAGGCAAUUUUGCUAAAGGAAAUUGUGCGUCGAUUGGGAAAUAUAAUUGGUCCAGCUAAUCGUGACAAUGGUCUAGUGGGGAAACAUCGACAAUAUAUCAUUUCAUAAAAACUUGUAAUUGGG